UGUGUCCACUUUGGGUUUUGUUUAAUGAUCAUCCAUUUUGAGGUCACAGGAACACAAGAGAGGAAUUGUGAUACCUGCCUUUGGGAUGAACAAAGGUCUUUUCAUUCAGCUCUAUUCCCAACCUCUCCGAGCUGCUCUUGUGUUCUCCUUUUUAUAGUGCACACAUACUUGUUUGCCUUCUCGCUCUCUCUUUCCUUCCCCCCUCUCUCUCUUGCUCUCUUUCUCUCUGAAACAAACAUACAAUAAAGAAUCAAGUCAAGCAGGAAACUGGAGUCUGGAAAAACAUAAACUCCACCCCUUCCUUCCUUCCAGCCAAACUUCAAAACAUCUAUCAGGCACAACAAGAAUACUUUUCUAAAGUGAAUCGUUCUCACUGCUACAUGCUAUUUUUUUAAUCUCAUGCCUGGAUUUUGUUGUAAAAACUGAAGGAGUAGGCUGAGAUAUUUGACAGAGAUGGGAAGGCAAUUCUUGGCAGUUUUCCUGGCUUUACUGGGCUUCCUGGGCACCAUCCUCAUAGCUGCUCUGCCCAUGUGGAAGAUGUCGGCCUUCGUGGGAGCCAACAUUGUAACAGCGCAGAUUUUCUGGGAAGGCUUAUGGAUGAACUGCGUGCUGCAGAGCACUAGUCACAUGCAGUGCAAGGCAUUUGACUCUAUUUUGGCUCUGCCUCAAUACCUCCAGGCCACUCGGGCCUUGAUCUGUUUCUCCCUUGCUGCUGCCGUUGUCGCCAUUGGCUUAAUGGUUGUUGGGGCCAGAUGGACCAACUUCUUCCGUGACGAGCUGAAUAGGAAAGCCAGGAUUGGUAUAGUAGCUGGGGUGGUCUACAUAAUCGCAGGGAUUCUGUGUUUGAUCGCUGUUAGCUGGUCAGCACAUACCAUCAUCCAGAGCUUCUACAAUCCUCAAGUCAUCGCGGCGAGCAAGGGAGAGUUGGGGGCCUGCAUCUAUAUUGGAUGGAUAUCUGGAUUCCUCCUAGUUUUGGGUGGAGGACUAUUCAUCAGCACAUACACCAACAGCUGCUGAGCUUUAGAACAGACACACAUUUUAAAUGUGUGUGUGAUGUGCAUGAAAAAUGAAGGAACUCAAUUUUCUCACAGGCCUGACUGGUGCCUUAGUCAAAAGGUUUUUAACAUUUUGGCUAUUUAUGGGAAUCUAUCAAAAGGAACUGGAUAUAAUAAUGCACAUAUACUAAGACUUCAUUCAUUCAUCAGGGAUGUGGUGAAUCAAAGGGAGGAAUACACCCUGGAUGGAUAGUCAAGAGACACUGCAGGGCAAGAUUUUAUAAAGACAUUUCAGGUGUUUCAAAUUCAUGUUAAAUGACAAAAAAAAAAAAAAAAAAAAAUCACUUUCUGUCAGUUUUAAAUUGAAGUAUCUUAAGAAAAAAUGCUUUAAUGGUUCUUUAAUGGUUUCUUGGAUAAUUAGGGGUUCUUGGCUUCUUUAUAAAAAGUUCAACUUAGAAGCCUUUCUGUUAGGGAAACACUCUUUAAGGGUUCCCUCAGGCUAUGUCCACAUUAAUCCAGAUAAAUCUGAAAGCGCAUCUUUUUCUCUACGUUUUGACCUUUUUCAAGCGAAAAUAGAGCUUUUAAUAAACGAUCUCCCCAGUGGAUAAAUUUGAAAAUGCAAUUUUGCGUUGUUAUGUGGACUGAGAAAACUGAGAUAUUCAAAAAGCAAUGAUUUUACAAUGAUUUUAGUCAUGCAAAGUAGUCAUGUGAGUCAUUCAUCUCAAAACAAACAAGAGGGUGGACAAUGUCUUACCGCAGUUGUUGUGCCUGCUAUCCAAUUUGAUAGCGUUGUUAAAGAUUAGUGUCACUUUGUACAACUUUCCGAUUGCAUUUUAAAAUUUUUUUUAAAGGGGACGGAAUGACACAGGUCAGAGGUUCUUAGGUUUUUACACAUGCGCAGUACAGGGAUGUAAGCGUUUUCAGACAUUUCAGUGUGGAAGAUCAAUUUCUGGAAAACGUUUGAACAUGCCAGUGUAGACAGAGAGCAUUUUAAAAUAAAAAUGAAAUUUUCGGAUCUAUUCGGAUUAAUGUGAACGUAGCCUCAAGGGGACAACCGGAGAACCCAGUUCUCCAGUUGGGGUUCUAUAUUAUACCUUUUUUUCUAUAAAUGUAUGUGUCUUUGUGUGGACUAUAAUUACAAGUUGGGUCAGCGAGGUCUAACAACAUUUUGUAAUAUUUAGCAAAGUUCCGACACUUAAAGGGAUUGGCUCUACGAAUUACUUGUUUGAAUAUUGACAUUCAAUAAAAGCUUGCUUCAGCUA